AGGCGUUUAGAGAAAAUGGCAGACGAUAUUGAUAUUGAAGCAAUGCUUGAGGCUCCUUACAAGAAGACUUGCCUAACGAUAUCUCACCUCUACUCCCAUGAAUUCACCUUUGAUUCCAGUGUGAACUGUCAAUCAUAAGGGCGAGAUGUGUGACAGAGGUGGCAUCAAGCUCUUACAGUCCCAACCCUCCAACGGAAAUGGGCGAAGAUCUCAGGAAUGGCAUCGGUCACAGGAAAUCGAUAGUGGCUGGCUGCUAGCAUGGCCACUUGGGGCUUAGGCAGAAAUAGAGCCAUGGUACUGACCAAAAGGGACCGUAGAACAUGGAAUAAAACUCAAACAGGACUUCAUUCAUGUUUUAUAGAAAUCAUAUUUAACCACUUCAACAUUGUAAAUCUGGAUAACUUAAUAAUAUAAACUAUAUGAGUAAAAUUUAUCAUGUUAAUAUGGAGAGAUUUUAAUUUUUGUAUCUUGAUGACUUAAUUGUAAGUAACAAAGUGGUUAAACACAUACCCAUCUAAAUUUUUUUAUAGCCUUCCAUGUUAAACUAUAAAUAAAUAGUUUUAAAAUUGUUUUGUAUUUUCUUAUUCCUGUUCCCUUUACCCUUUGACAACUUGAAAUGUUACCACUUCGCCCUCAUGAUGUUCUUCUAUCAACCCUGCUUAGGAUGAGAACAAGUUGAGCAGUGCUAACGGCCAUGAAGAACGUAGCAAAAAGAGGAAAAAAAGCAAAAGCAGAAGUCGUAGUCAUGAACGAAAGAGAAGCAAAAGUAAGGAACGGAAGCGAAGUAGAGAUAGAGAAAGGAAAAAGAGCAAAAGCCGUGAAAGGAAGAGAAGUAGAAGCAAGGAAAGGAGACGGAGCCGCUCAAGAAGUCGAGAUCGCAGGUUCAGAGGCCGCUACAGAAGUCCAUACUCCGGACCAAAAUUUAACAGUGCCAUCCGAGGAAAGAUUGGGUUGCCUCAUAGCAUCAAAUUAAGCAGACGGCGUUCCCGAAGCAAAAGCCCAUUCAGAAAAGACAAGAGCCCUGUGAGGGAGCCUAUUGAUAAUCUAACUCCUGAGGAAAGAGAUGCAAGGACAGUUUUCUGUAUGCAGCUGGCAGCAAGAAUUCGACCAAGGGAUCUGGAAGAGUUUUUCUCUACAGUGGGAAAGGUUCGAGAUGUGAGGAUGAUUUCUGAUAGAAAUUCAAGACGUUCCAAAGGAAUUGCUUAUGUGGAGUUUGUUGAUGUUAGCUCAGUGCCUCUAGCAAUAGGAUUGACUGGCCAACGAGUUUUAGGAGUGCCAAUCAUAGUACAGGCAUCACAGGCAGAAAAAAACAGAGCUGCAGCAAUGGCAAACAAUUUACAAAAGGGAAGUGCAGGACCUAUGAGGCUUUAUGUGGGCUCAUUACACUUUAACAUAACUGAAGAUAUGCUUCGGGGGAUCUUUGAGCCUUUUGGAAGGAUUGAAAGUAUCCAGCUUAUGAUGGACAGUGAAACAGGUCGAUCUAAAGGAUAUGGGUUUAUUACAUUUUCAGACUCGGAAUGUGCCAAAAAGGCUUUGGAACAACUUAAUGGAUUUGAACUAGCAGGAAGGCCAAUGAAAGUUGGUCAUGUUACUGAACGUACGGAUGCUUCCAGUGCUAGUUCAUUUUUGGAUAGUGAUGAACUGGAAAGGACUGGAAUUGACUUGGGAACAACUGGUCGUCUCCAAUUAAUGGCAAGACUUGCAGAGGGUACAGGUUUACAGAUUCCACCAGCAGCACAGCAGGCUCUGCAAAUGAGUGGCUCUUUGGCAUUUGGUGCUGUGGCAGAAUUCUCUUUUGUUAUAGAUUUGCAAACAAGACUUUCCCAACAGACUGAAGCUUCAGCUUUAGCUGCAGCUGCCUCUGUUCAACCACUUGCAACACAGUGUUUCCAACUCUCUAACAUGUUUAAUCCUCAAACAGAAGAAGAAGUUGGAUGGGAUACAGAGAUUAAGGAUGAUGUGAUUGAAGAAUGUAAUAAACAUGGAGGAGUUAUUCAUAUUUAUGUUGACAAAAAUUCAGCUCAGGGCAAUGUGUAUGUGAAGUGCCCAUCAAUUGCUGCAGCUAUUGCUGCUGUCAAUGCAUUGCAUGGCAGGUGGUUUGCUGGUAAAAUGAUUACAGCAGCAUAUGUACCUCUUCCAACUUACCACAACCUCUUUCCUGAUUCUAUGACAGCAACACAACUACUGGUUCCAAGUAGACGAUGAAGGAAGAUAUAGUCCCUUUAUGUACAUAGCUUUUUUUUCUUUCUUGAGAAUUCAUCUUCAGUUAUCUUUUAUUUAGAUAAAAAUAAAGAGGCAAGGGUCUACUGUCAUUUGUAUACAAUUCCUGUUACCUUGAAAAAAUAAAAAUGUUAACAGGAA